GUACUUGGGAGUGUGUAGCGUGAGAGGCGGCGCGUCCGCUUUCGGAUAUCCUUCGUUGUUGGUUACACAACCACCGUGCUUUCGGCUCUCAAAAGUUCCCCGGCCCCCAGUUCCACAGCGCCGCCCGAUAGUGUCGUUUCGAUCGGAUUACAUCCAGACUCUACGAUGGAUAUCAGCUAUAAGAAUCUCGAGGGCCCAGUCGCCAAGAAACUCGACACCAUGUUUGGCGUGGAGAAUUGUUUAAUAGAAGUCUACCCUGGGAAAGUAUUGGUGCCCCCAAAAUACAAGGACUUGGGCGAGCGGAUAAGAAAAAUGACCGUUCGUCCUGAUGACACUUUCCUCGUGUCUCUUCCCAGGACAGGGAGUACAUGGGCUCAAGAAAUGGUCUGGUGUGUAGGGAACGAUCUGGAUUUUAAAAAAGCAACAGAAGUAUUGAGCUCAGUCCGAACUCCUCUUCUAGAAUUAACAGCUUUAGUUGGAAACGAUAAAAGGCCAUGGACAGGAAUGUUUGGAAAUUCCGUUGAAACCGUAGAAAACCUUGCAUCUCCCAGAUACAUCAAAACACAUUUGUCCCUGGACUUGCUGCCGGCACAGAUAGAAACAGUCAAACCAAAGAUUGUCUACGUGACGAGGAAUCCGAAAGAUGUGUGCGUAUCUUACUUCCACUACUGUCGGCUGGUCCACGAGCUGGUCGGCGGGACGUUCGAGGACUUCUGCGAACUCUUCCUCCAGGAUCGCGUCCCAAUGAGUCCCUUCUGGCCGCACGUUCUCUCCUUCUGGAACCGGAGACACGAACCCAACGUCCUCUUCUUGAAGUACGAGGACAUGAAAAGAGACGGGCGGAAGGCGAUCCGGCAAGUGGCCGAGUUCCUGGACAAGAAGCUCUCGGACGAGGAGAUCACGGCUCUGGAAGACUACCUGAGCUUUGACAAGAUGAAGGAGAACCCUUCGGUGAACCUGGAGCCGAUCGUCAACCUCAUGGGCAACGUCAACACCCAAGAGAAGUUCAUCCGGAAGGGAGUCGUCGGCGACUACAAGGCCCACAUGAACGAGGAGAUGAUCGCCAGGUUCGACAAGUGGAUCGAGGAGAACACCAAGGGCACCGGCCUCACUUUCGAGUGAACGAAUGCAAUACACUCCUCUCUCAAAGUGGCAGGUCUGCUUAUAUAUUCUCUCCCUGUAUCUAUUCAUAGAGGGUUUGACUAGGCAUAGAGAUACUCUCUCACAACGUAGGCGGCACAUUCCAUCACGGCAUCAACUUUCAGAGCCUUUUUUGAGUUAGGGUGUUUCAUUCGAAAAAAAAACAAAUGAUUUCUUUGAGUUUACUGAAAAAUUUUACGUUAGGUAAAAUAUGUACUUAAAUCGCACAUCCUUCAAUCAAGAAUUCAAAAACUCAAUUGAAGAUUCUCACUUUUUUGAGUUCAACUUCUUUUGAAGAGUUGCUCCCAAGUUGUUUUGCGUGCCCCGGAAAACUUUCUGACAAAGGGUUUUCUCACCCUCCCUGAGAGAAAAACAAGGUCGUAAAAUCGUUAACUACCAUCUAAAAAGUGAACGUAUCACAUGUAUUAAUGAUUAGAUAUCGGACCUAUGCCAAAAUUCACGAGAGGGUUGCAUUCUAAAACGAUGUAUUAUUCUUUCCCCAUCUUUAAAUCAGAUUUUUAAAGACGCCCUCAGAUAACAUGUGUUACAAGUGGUUCAUGAUUGGCUCCUUAUUGGAAAAAAAAAAACAAAAAAAGGAGAAGCCAUCAUUGCUUGUAACUUUCCAUCUGAGCGUCAGAAGAUCAUCCGUGAAAGAGGAAUAACCGCUAGUGCUAAAGAUGUUUGCUUACUCGUUCUCAAAAUGGCCAAAGAUUCUAUUUUUUUUUAAAUUUUUUGAAAACUGAAGUUGAACUAUACAUAUGAUAAGCUAAUAAGUAACGUAACGGCAACUUUUGUGCUUCAUCAUCAACCUAUUGCUUUUAUCCAUGUACCAUAUCAUUUUGCUUUAAAUUUUAACAAUUGUAUAUUCGUGUGGUAUGUGUGUGGAUUUAGUGUGUGCGAAAUGUGUGUUUUGAAAAUAUGUUGAAUUAAUUACCUAAGAAAUCUCAUUGUUUAUCCAUUGUUAAGGAUAUUCUCAGGAAUAUUUUGAGCUAAUGUUCCCUUGACCUGUAGGCGAUUGGGUAAAUAAAACUUGUUCUCAAGCGAG